GCCGGCCCCGGGGCGGUGCUGCUGGUGCCGCCGCCCGGCCGCUCGCUUCGGCCCGUCCCGGCCUGGAGAAGCACCUGUGGUGCCCGCCAGUCCCACCGCCGCCGCCAGGCUUGACUUGAAGACGGUUUCAUCCCAAAAGAAUCAGCUAGCAAGAUCUGGACAGUCUUCUUUCUAAGGGGAAUCAUGUCUGAGAUUGACUAUGAGAAGUUAGCUGAAAUAGAACUACAGAAAGAUGAAGCAGAAGAUACACAGUCAGGACAAGAGAAAACAUUUACGUCUCCACCACUUGAGGAUCCUGAGCUAGAUAUCAAUCAUCCCUACUAUGAUGUUGCAAGACAUGGCAUCAUCCAGUUAGCAGGUGAUGACAAUUCUGGAAGGAAGGUGAUUACCUUCAGUUGCUGCCGUAUGCCCCCCUCCUACCAGCUCAAUCAUACCAGAUUGCUGGAGUACUUGAAGUAUACUCUGGACCAGUAUGUAGAGAAUGAUUAUACUGUUGUCUACUUUCACUACGGCCUGAAGAGUCUGAAUAAACCAUCACUGAAAUGGUUACAAACUGCCUACAAAGAAUUUGACAGGAAGUAUAAGAAAAACCUUAAAGCACUCUAUGUUGUACAUCCAACCAACUUCAUAAAAAUUCUGUGGAAUAUUUUUAAACCUCUUAUAAGCCAUAAGUUUGGGAAAAAAGUCACCUACUUGAACUAUUUAAGCGACCUGAGAGAACAUCUCAAAUAUGACCAGCUUAAUAUUCCUCAAGAAGUCGUCCGACAUGAUGAAAAUCUUCGGGGGAAACACAAGGGAAAACUGCCACCUGUGGUUAAGGUUCCUCCACCAAGACCACCUCUACCUACUCAGCAAUUUGGAGUCAGCCUGCAAUAUAUCAAGGACAAAAAUAGAGGUGAAUUAAUUCCCCCAGUAAUGAAGGAAACUGUGUCCUACCUAAAAAGAAAAGGACUACAAGUAGAGGGCCUCUUCAGAAGGUCAGCCAGCAUCCAGACUAUCAAAGAUGUUCAGAAGCUCUACAAUCAGGGCAAGCCUGUAAAUUUUGAUGACUAUCAUGAUAUCCAUAUUCCUGCUGUUAUCCUAAAGACUUUCCUUAGGGAACUUCCUCAGCCAUUGCUAACCUUUGAGUGUUAUGAUCCUAUUGUUGGAAUUACCAGUGUGGAGAGCUGUUUACGAGUAACCAGAUGUAAACAAAUCAUUCAAGGACUUCCUGAACACAAUUACAUUGUUCUGAAAUAUCUGAUAUGCUUUCUCCAUAUGGUUUCACAGGAGAGCAUAUAUAACAGAAUGACGGCAUCCAGCCUGGCCUGUGUCUUUGGCUUGAAUUUGAUCUGGCCAUCUAAAGGAACAGCCUCUCUGAGUGCUCUGGUGCCUCUGAAUCUCUUCACUGAACUACUAAUAGAUUUCUACAUGAAUAUAUUCAGCUCCCGAACAGUGCCUGGUGAGAUCUUACCUUAAUGCUCCCAGAAAGGGAAAUGAAGUUUGGCUGCCUGAAAGAAAGGACUGAACAUCUCAACUGCCAGAGCAGUUCCUGCAAAAGACAUUUUCAAUUCUAUACCUUUCCAAGUACCAAAGAUGUUGAGGGAAGUACUCUGUUGCAUAUAUUCUCCUCUCAUAAGAGAACAUAUACAGGUUAAAUAUGAUAGGUUAAACUGAAACUCCUUAUUAAACUUCAGCAGUUCUGAUACAUUAAAAAAAAACAAUUGUGACAGUAGGUGAUGCUGUUAUUUGUUUAAGAGUCUGAACACCUCACUAUAUGACAUUUACUGGGACCAUGCAGAACAAAGUUCUGGACCACUCCUGAAUGUACAGUUUUUUAUAAAUAAUAUUAUUGUUUGAAUACAAGUUUGUUAGAGAUUUGUGUAAUAACUUAAUAAAGAUGGAAUUGAUUUUUAAGAUAGCAAAAUUUCUAGUACUACUUUCCCCUAUAUUUAAGUGUCUUGUUUUAUGCAGAAGAGUACUCCUGAUGUUUGGGCUGCAUGCAUUUGCAGUUUAGGCUAAUAGAAAUUUGUUCUUCAAAUUGGUUUCUCUACAAAGCAAUAACAACAGCAACUUGGGUAACAUACCUAAUGCCAUUUGAAUGCCUUUAAAGUCUGUUCUUAGUCUCAAUGUGAAUUAUUAACUAACAAAAAGGCUGUGUUUCCUUUCUAACUGUGCCAUUAAUAUUGCUUGUAUUUGAUGAACUCUAAGGCACUACUCUUUCAUUGUUUAACACUGAUAAGUAGUGGGUUGGUAUAAUG